AUGAAGCCCUCACUACUUCGAUACUCUUUCCUUGCGGAGGACCUUCCCGUCGUACCCUCCACAACACCUUAUGAGAGGACGAGGCUCGCCAACGACCCCGAGUCAAACGAGGGCCAGGUCCAUGACGAGACUCUUCCGCAAGGUCUCGACACCUCUGGACUGAACGCCCUUGCCACGGCGGCAGAGAUAGAUCGAGCGGGCACCAUCCUAUUCGAAGCGGGUAGGGGCGCCUGGUACGAUUCGAGCAGCGGAGCGAGUUCGCCAGAACACGACUCUGCUGAUGAGACUGAUGUCGCGGCUCCCGACAACCUGCCGAACUAUUCCGUCGACAGAGAGUCGCUUGACGUUCUCUGUGCUGCGGCUAGACACGUUGAAGCCGGCGGGGAAGCCAACACAGAAGUUCAGGCGCAGGACGAAGCGGAAAUCGAGACAGAGGUCGAGACGGAGGUCGAGAUGGACAUCGAUGCAGGGCUCGAGGUGGAUCUCGACACGGAAGCCGAGUCAGAGGCCGAACCAGAACUCGAUAUAGAGGUCGAUGCAGGUCUUGACGCGGAAGUCGACACAGAAUCCGACACAGAGAUCGAAAUAAAAGCGGAUGAAGGCGACAGUGACGAUGCGGACCACUUCAAGUUCGUUGUCGGCCGGCUUACCAAGGACAAGGACGGAAACCCCAUCGAUCAAGUCGCACUCCUCACGCUGCACUGCAUCGAUGAGAACAGUAACCCAAGGGUUCACCUCCUCAAAGCUCCGGCAAAUUGGGAUGAUAAGGCGGAGAUUCUGAAGCUCAACCGCAGUAAAAACCAAUAUCUUCGUCGAGUAACCAAGAAGGCACAGAGGGAUCUGCAGGCCUGGCAAGACGAUGAACGCGAGCACCUGAGGAGCCUUUACCUGGCAAAUAACCAGAUCACCGUCACACAGGUCAUGAAGUCCCUUAACAAGUUCAACAAGGGCAAGGCCUGGAAUAGUGCCGUGCAAGGACAGGAUUUGCCACGCAAAGAGCGUGGGGUGGCAUCCGUACACAGCGAGUGGAAACGGGAGAAUGGCGUGAUCGAGAACCUGAAGAAAGAGCUCGCGAAGACCAAGUCAGGCAAGAAGGCAAAACUGACCACGAAGGAGGCCAAGUCCGCUACAAAGGCCAAGUCAACCGCGAAAGGCAAAUCAGCUGCGAAGCGGCAAUCAACCGUGAAAGAUGGAUCAACUGCGGAGCUGGAGAGAGAUGGAGAAGCAGAGAAGGAGCAAGUGCAGGAGCAGGAUGAGGAAGUGGUAGACACGAUACAAGGACAAGAGGAUGACGGGAAGACCAAUGACGGACCGGCUCAACGAGGCUUAACCCGCGACAAUCGCAAUUUCAAGAAGCGAAAUCAUGAUGCAGUCGACGAAGACAACGAAGAAGACUCCACUGAGCCACCUAGGAAGCGGAGGAUCGCCACUGCAGGAGGAUCUGGCUCUGCUCGUCCGGCUCUGGAGAGAUCAAAAGCCGCACCGCCAGUUGCCGGGCCAAGCAACACGACUCGUUCCCUGCUGAGGAAGCGCAAGCAGACAUAG